AUUUCCAUACUCCAAUAAAACCUAUAAAAACGAUUUAACGAGUUGAAAAGAGCACCUAAUUCCUCUACUUAACGGCCUUUUAGGGAUUACGUUCAUUUCAUCUAGACUGAGCUUAUCAUAUCUAGCAUAAAAUUAGUCGGGGGAGCAUUGCAUUGAUGUGCUCAGGUUGAAUCAAUGGCAAAUAAAACCCAGAUCACCAUUAUUGGAGCAGGCACUUUUGUGAAGAAUCAAUACAUUCCCAGAUUAUCUGAGAUCUCUCAUCUUGUUUCAAUCAGAUAUAUUUGGAGUCGUUCUGAGGAGUCAGCUAGAUCUGCAGUGGAGUUAGCUAGUAAGAGUUUCCCAGAAGUAGAAUGUAAGUGGGGUGAUGUUGGUAUUGAUGAAAUUAUUAAGGAUUCCUCAGUUGUUGGAGUUGCUGUUGUUCUUGCUGGCCAGAUUCAGGUAGAUAUGGCGCUGAGACUGCUGAAGGCAGGGAAGCAUGUGAUCCAAGAGAAACCAGCUGCAGCAAGUAAUGAGGAGGCAGAAUUGGCAUUGUCAAGCUACGAUCUUGUAUGUCCUAGUAAUUCCAGCAAACCUAUUUGGGCUGUAGCAGAAAACUACAGAUUUGAACCUGGUUUUAUUGAGGGCAGGAAGCUAGUCGAAGAAAUAGGAGAUAUGAUGAGUGUCCAAGUUAUCGUGGAAGGAUCAGUUAACAGUUCUAACCCAUAUUUCUCAAGUUCUUGGAGGAGGAACUUUAAUGGAGGUUUCAUUCUAGAUAUGGGAGUGCAUAUGAUUGCAGCACUAAGGAUGCUUGUUGGGUGUGAGAUGAAGUCCGUUUCAGCUUUGACCACUCAUGUUGAUACUACUUUACCCCCACCAGAUAACAUCUCCAGUACGUAUCAACUAGAGAAUGGUUGCCCUGGCAUUUUCGUGAUGGCAGUAUCUACUAGAUCACCCAAGACAUUUUGGCGAGUUGUUGGCUUAAAAGGAACUGUGCAAAUUGAGCGUGGCAACAUUGAUGGGCGGCAUGGAUACUUGGUAUCUAAAUUCAAUGUUGAUGGGCAAUGCACAAGUUCAUUCCACCCGUUCAGUGGAGUAACCGAAGAACUUAAAACAUUCUUACAUGAUAUAUCAGAGGCAUCUAACAACCACAAACCCGACCGUCGCUUAUCCUACGUUGAAGGUGCUCGAGACGUGGCUGUUUUAGAGGCAAUGCUCGAGUCUGGGAUGAAGGGAGGAGCUGUUGUGCCUGUCAAAAGAUUUUAGCCGUCCAGAGACAGUUGUAGCAUGAUAACUUGCUCUAGAAUAAAUUGAGGUGCUUAUUUUUAGGGAAAUUGCAGCUCAUCAUGGAAUACGAAAUACAUGCUUAGUUGUUUGUUGAUCUGAUUCAUCUCUAUGGCUCCUCCUAGACCAACAAAAAUGAAAUUAGUUUAACUGGUUAGGCGUCUAAUGCAUGCUGUCUACUGUCUAGUGUAUAAUCUCUUGUACCACUUAUUUUACUAUAAUUUGCAGUUAAAAUUUGAAAAAAUUCCUCAAAAUUACAUAGGGCGUGUUCGGCACAAGCUUUUUAAGUAGCUUUUAGUGUCUUGACUCGGUCAAAAUACUAAGUAGAAAAAAUAAUAGUGUUUGGCAAGGUAGUGGUGUAAGUAGCUUUUAGUGGUACAGGUAGUGUUUGUCAAAAGCUACAAUUUGUAGUUUUUGGGGUAGCGUUUAGUGGUGUAUAAAUUAUAUGUUAAAGCUUUGUUUGAGUUUUUAACUAGUUAUUCUUAAACAACUAUUUUGACA